GAUUAUUAAAGGUUUAUAAAGGCCACAUAUCGAUCAGAACAGACAUUUAUGAUCCUGAACCGAUGGCUCCUGCGCCAGUAGAAGGAGAUCAGGGUGGUGUGGGUUAACAGCAUCAUAGCCAUAUAAUUACCAACCCCCCUUCAUAUCAUCAGAGACGCAGUGUAGUCAGACAGCCAUUGCAGGGGUAUCAAGAGAGUGCAAGAAAUGUCGCAAAUAAACAUCGGAUAGAGGACGGAGAAUCUGCAGGUGAAGAUAAGCGUGCCAUGCGUUCAUCCAAAGAUGAUUUAUGGUGAAACGAGGGUGUGAAUAGGCACUGGUGGGUUGAUGACUGGCCGUAAAACACAGGCGGUAGAGAUGAGGAAAGACGAAACAAAGGGAGGAGUAAAAGAGAGAGAGUGAAAUGGUGGUAGAUAAAGCACAAGACAGCGCCAUGAGCUCUGUGCCGCCUUACGACUCGCUACCAGCUCGGCCAAGCCCCUGCCGUGCAAAAGAGUGGGAAAGAGAGCUGCACGGUGCUCAAAGACUGUCUUCCCCAAUUCGACCGGCUUUACCUUCCAUUUCCCGACGGCCUUCGGCGCUUCCUGGAUAUCUGCUCUCACCCUCCCGAGAGUACACUGACCAACAGCAACGUCUUUCGUUAUCGCUGUGCUCGGAGGCCUCGCUGGCGCCCCCUGUGCCUGCAGUGGGUGCCGCCCCACCGUGCUGCCGGGCGGUGGGAGUCAUGCCCUUGCUGCGCCUUGCACUCCUGAUUUUCAGCUUCCUUUUUUGGGCAGCAGGCCUUGCAAUCUUCACCCUAGGUGUCUGGGCGCAGGCUUCGUUGUCCGACUACAUGCUACUCUCUGCGAACCGCUACCCAAAUGCGCCAAUCAUCUUGUUAGGCACAGGUGCUGCUGUGACCGCUUGGGGCUUUUUGGGAUGUUUGGGAGUGGCUGCCAACCUUCCUUACCUUCUGCGGGCAUACGGCUUCUUCCAGUUGGCCACACUCAUGGGUGGACUAGCGGCGGGUCUCUCAGGGCUCUUUUACAGGGAGGAUAUUGCUGAAGGUUUCCGUAGUGGGCUUAAGAAAGCUGUUUUGGACUAUGGAGAAGACGAGGGCCACGCAGACGCACUGGACAGCCUGCAGAGGGCGCUUGAGUGCUGUGGCGCUGAGGGUUGGCGGGAUUGGCUCAUGUCUGAUUGGGCUAUUCAAGAUGCUGUUUACUCAACAGGAAGUUUGGGGAAUGAUUCCUCUGUGUCAUUACCAGACAGUUGUUGUAUUAAACGUAAAGGCUGUCGCAAUAGACCAUUGCCAGAGAGUGGAUUCAGGAACAUCAAGCUCGCAGGGAUUCACACUCACGGUUGUUUCCUCAAAGUCUUCAGCUUGGUAAAUGACAAUGUCUUUCAUAUUGCAGCAACAGUCCUGGGCCUUGCUUUCACCCAGGUGGCAGGUAUAGCCCUCGCAUGUCUACUUGCCAAUCGUCUUUCACCCAGACUGCGAAGACGAGCCCGUUGAAAUAAAAAAAGCAUCAAGUAUUUGCUUUUUCUAGACUUUCAUAUACUUGCUGCAGUUUCUUGAGUCCAGAUCAGUUUUUACAGAAGAGACCAGUAAACAUUUUUCGGACAAAUGCUACAAAUAAACACUGCAAGUGUGUUGUAAAGGUUAGAUUGAAU